AUGGCCAGAGAUGACUUUUGUGGAGGUUGCAGGAUGAGACUUCUUUUCGCCCUUUGGGCGCUCGCUCCGAUCUGGGCCGAUCCAACAGAGCUCGACGCUUCCUCGGAUGCUGCCGUCUCCUGCCUUCAGCGUCACGCCAGCAAUCGAGAGAGACCGAGACCGGGAAAGCAGGCCGGCUUCUCGCAUCAAACGACGGCGGCGCCGAGUUCCAGUUCAUCCCGAGGCACAGGACUUCCUCUCGAGGCAGAGUUCGGUCCGGGCUUCUCAGAUCCGUGUGGGCCGGAGCAGCCCUCCACAGGGUUUGCCAGGCUGGAACGACCGCGACAUGACACUUCGGAGCUUUUCAUUGACCUGACAGACGUUCUUCAGAAUGGCAGCGUCACGGUCCUGGUGACGGCGAUGAGUCUAGACGGUGCAUACAGUGAUGUGGACGGCUUCGACGUGACCCGGGCAGAGCCUUUAGAAGACACCGAGAACUCGCUGCUGGUCCUUCGGCUCUCGAAAAGUGGCGAAGGUAUCGACUUCUACCGACCGAGCCUGGGCAUCCGCACCUCGGACAACCAGUCUGAAGAGGCAGUUCACCGUGGGCUCGGUGACGGUUGGCUCGGAAGCCUUGAACGGCUCCACUGCCUAGGCAAUCCCCACCGCAUCGUUAUCAGUGGCGUGAAGCUGAUCUGGGCCGGCUUUUUCGCUGCCAGCAUUGCAGCUGAUGCCGCUGACUAUCGCAUUCUCCAGGCUCGCGGUUAUGCCAAGAACUUCGAUGUCUCCGUGGAGUACCUGAUGAGCAGCAUGGCUCCUCUUCGGGUUGGCUACUCUUUGGUCUUGCUGCCGGAGGUUCCCAUGGCUGCACGGCCUAGUGAUGACCGGCUACUCUUCUUUGCCUCUGAGUUCCAAGACCUCGGCUACCGCCAGGCCGCCGGCGCGGAAGCCCCCAGCCACGAGAUCGACCGGACCACGACCUCCAUCUGGCGCUACAACCUGGAGGCUUUGCCCGACCAGCAGAUCCGCAUUCAUGUAGACCCCUCGGUGCCCGAGCGCUGGCGUGAAGCUUUCCGACAGGGCAUUGAGGCUUGGAAUCUAGCAUUCGCGCCGCUCGGACACCCGCAAGCUGUGAGGGGAGUCGUUCCAGGCGAUGAGGAUUGGCCCCAGGACUACGACAUGUCCGAUGCCAGAUUCAGCACGAUCUCGUGGGAUUUAUCGGAUGAAGUGGUCAGCAUGGGGGUCGCGAAAGUCGAUCCCCGGAGUGGUGAAAUUGUCAAGGGCGACAUCACGAUGUCCAGCGGUUGGGUCAAGGCCUGGCUCGAAGACAUCGACUCCUUGGCGCCGGGCCUCACGCACCUGGCGUUGCCUCGCGGUCCCGCCAGCGGGCUGAAGCUCUUGCAGACGGGGCGAGGCCGGCACCAGCGUGCGUGGCGGAGACUCGAGAGAGGUCACGCCUCCCGAGCGGCGCUCGCUCGGCAGAAAGGCGGUCGGCGAAGUGCCGCCCUGAACGCCACGGCGAUCGAGGACCUCGUGGCGACUGGCUUGCGGGCUAUCGUGAUGCAUGAGACCGGCCACAUCUUGGGCCUGAGGCACAACUUCAAGGGCAGCCUGGGCAUCUCUUUGGACUGCCUGAAGGCCAAAGCCUGCACUUCCGAGCAUGGCUUGUCGGCCAGUGUCAUGGACUACGUGCCUCCGAACUUACAUGGGGCAGAUGCAGAGAGCUCGCUGGAAGUCGAUGUCUUCACCCCAGUUGUCGGCGACUACGACAAGCUGGCUAUAGCUUAUGGCUAUCGGGCGGUGGACCAGGAGGCCCAGGCCUGGCCCAAGGUGGCGCCGGAGCUGCAGGAAAUCUUGAACGUUGCUGAGCAGCAGUUCGAGGUUUGCUAUGACGACGACAUGGACGUGGAAGAUCCAACUUGCAUGGCCUACGACAUGAGCGAGGAUCCAAUCGGUUUCUACGAGCAGGAAUUUGCCCGUUAUGUGGACGUAUCCAAAGGCCUCUUGGAGGCCUCUGUCGCGCCGGGAGAGCCCCUGGCCUUGUACGGCGAGGCGGUGACGAGUCUCCUUGGGCGGGUCGAGUCGCUGGCAGCGAAGGUGGUGAGCUGGGUCGGUGGCAUCAAGGACGGCUACAAGCAUCGUGGUCAGCAAGGAGAGCUGGUGCAAUCCAGGGCACCCAUCUCCCGCGCGUUGCAGCAGAGGGCGCUGGCGCUUCUUUUCAGGCUGCUGAGGCCCAAAGCAUCUGGCCUUCUGCCACCGCAAGACAACCUUCCUUACCUCGUCGAAGGCAGUGCUUCGCAUGAUCACGUGCGGAGCGUCGAUGUUUCCAGCAUCGUCCACGACGUUGCAGGCAACGUUCUUGAAUCCUUGCUGGGCGGCAAAAGGCUGCUGCAGAUCUACAGGCAUGGCUGA